AUGGAUCCACUCAAACAGAGGGAAACACCACAGAACUUCACUAUGGUUCCACUCAAACUGAGGGAAACACCUCAGAACUUCACUGUGAACUUCACUCUGGUUCCACUCAAACUGAGGGAAACACCUCAGAACUUCACUGUGGUUCCACUCAAACUGAGGGAAACACCACAGAACUUCACUCUGGUUCCACUCAAACUGAGGGAAACACCUCAGAACUUCACUGUGGUUCCACUCAAACUGAGGGAAACACCUCAGAACUUCACUGUGGUUCCACUCAAACUGAGGGAAACACCACAGAACUUCACCCUGGUUCCACUCAAACUGAGGGAAACACCACAGAACUUCACUGUGGUUCCACUCAAACUGAGGGAAACACCACAGAACUUCACUCUGGUUCCACUCAAACUGAGGGAAACACCACAGAACUUCACUCUGGUUCCACUCAAACUGAGGGAAACACCACAGAACUUCACUCUGGUUCCACUCAAACUGAGGGAAACACCUCAGAACUUCACUGUGGUUCCACUCAAACUGAGGGAAACACCACAGAACUUCACUCUGGUUCCACUCAAACUGAGGGAAACACCUCAGAACUUCACUGUGGUUCCACUCAAACUGAGGGAAACACCUCAGAACUUCACUGUGGUUCCACUCAAACUGAGGGAAACACCACAGAACUUCACUCUGGUUCCACUCAAACUGAGGGAAACACCUCAGAACUUCACUGUGGUUCCACUCAAACUGAGGGAAACACCACAGAACUUCACUCUGGUUCCACUCAAACUGAGGGAAACACCACAGAACUUCACUCUGGUUCCACUCAAACUGAGGGAAACACCUCAGAACUUCACUGUGGUUCCACUCAAACUGAGGGAAACACCACAGAACUUCACUCUGGUUCCACUCAAACUGAGGGAAACACCUCAGAACUUCACUGUGGUUCCACUCAAACUGAGGGAAACACCACAGAACUUCACUCUGGUUCCACUCAAACUGAGGGAAACACCACAGAACUUCACUCUGGUUCCACUCAAACUGAGGGAAACACCUCAGAACUUCACUGUGGUUCCAAUCAAACUGAGGGAAACACCUCAGAACUUCACUCUGGUUCCACUCAAACUGAGGGAAACACCUCAGAACUUCACUGUGGUUCCACUCAAACUGAGGGAAACUGAGGGAAACACCUCAGAACUUCACUGUGGUUCCACUCAAACUGAGGGAAACACCACAGAACUUCACUCUGGUUCCACUCAAACUGAGGGAAACACCUCAGAACUUCACUGUGGUUCCACUCAAACUGAGGGAAACACCACAGAACUUCACUCUGGUUCCACUCAAACUGAAGGAAACACCACAGAACUUCACUGUGGUUCCACUCAAACUGAGGGAAACACCACAGAACUUCACUGUGGUUCCACUCAAACUGAGGGAAACACCACAGAACUUCACUGUGGUUCCACUCAAACUGAGGGAAACACCUCAGAACUUCACUGUGGUUCCUCUCAAACUGAGGGAAACACCACAGAACUUCACUGUGGUUCCACUCAAACUGAGGGAAACACCUCAGAACUUCACUCUGGUUCCAAUCAGGAUGGCAUCAUACAAUUGCACUUGUGA